CUUCCAGGCUGGCAGUGGAGGGGUUAAAUCUCUGUAGGGCUGCAAGCUUCAUUCAUAGCACAAGUGAGAAGUGAGGCAGCAGCAGCUCAGUCCUCCUAAGCACCCCUGGCUGGCACCUACCUGUCCUGAGCUGGUUAAAGGAUUUAAAGGCAGGACUUUUCUGCAAAGCUGCUGUUUUCUGCCUCCUGUUCAGCUUUUUUCCUGCAGCUUAACCGGUCGUCACAUCAUGGCAACCAAGAUUGACAAGGAAUCCUGCCGAGAAGCUUACAAUCUAGUCAGGGAUGACACCAAUGGCAUCAGCUGGGUAACAUUUAAAUAUGAUGGCCCCACGAUAGUUCCCGGAGAUCAGGGCUCAGACUAUGAAGACUUUGUAGCUGCUUGCACAGAUGAUGUCAGACUGUUCGCCUACGUUAGAUUGACCACCGGAGAUGCCAUGAGCAAGAGGGUCAAGUUUGCCUUAAUCACAUGGAUCGGAGAGAAUGUUGGUGGCCUACAGAGAGCCAAAACCGGCACCGACAAGUCGCUGGUAAAGGACAUUGUGCAGAAUUUUGCCAAAGAGAUGGUCAUCACCGAACGCAAAGACCUGGAAGAAGAAAACAUCAAAAACGAGCUAAAGAAGGCCGGAGGUGCCAACUACGACGCCCAGGCAGAAUAACCUCACCGCGCUGCUUUUUAC